GUUUCAAAGUUCACAGAGGGAGGUGGCGUCGGUGUACCUUCGGAAAUACUAAAGUUUGUUUUGUUUUUUAUUAUUAGUGGAAGAUGGAGACUUAUUCAUCAUUUGUGGUUUUCUCCAUAUGGUUGUGUUUUCUCCAACCCGUGAGGCCGUUCCCGUCGCGCAGUGCUGACUCCAGAAUGGUCAGGAUGGAUCGGUUCUCCUCCUGCAGAGACCACCUGGAGUACCCCAACAACAACCUGUGCUGUUUGAACUGUGAAGCCGGUGAACAUGUGAAGACGCCCUGCACUGAAGCGGGGAAGAAGGGCACAUGUGAAGAAUGUGACUACGGGACAUUCACCGAGCACGCCAACGGGCUGAACCAAUGCUUCAAGUGCCUCCAGUGUCGUCCAGACCAGGAAGUGGUGAGGCCAUGCACUCCGACUCAGAACAGUCAGUGUCAGUGCAAAGCGGGUCGGUUCUGUCAUCCUGACCAUGCCUGUGAAAUCUGCAAGAAAUGUUCCAGCUGUAAAAGUGAUGAGGAGGUCGUAAGGAACUGCACAGCCACCUCUGACACGGAGUGCAGGAAGGUCCAGACCAGACCUCCUUCAGACUCUGCCUCAGCUGUGAUUGUCGUGGUUGCGCUUUGUGCUCUGGGCCUGGGUCUGGUUCUGUUUCUUGUUGGAGGGGUCUGGUUCGUAUGGAGGAAGAUGCAGAGAAGAGACUCUCAGAGAAUACCUCCAAGCAUCCUGAAAGGAAGACUGGAUUAUUGUGAGGUAAGCCGGGCCGGCAGCACAAACCUGAUGAGGGCUCAGAAGCAUCCAGCUGACUCAGAGGAUGAGAGUAUGAUGCUGUGUGAAAGCCUCAGCAGCUCAGCCAGUAACUCCCAGCACAGCCUCACAGCUCUGCAGGGCUCCGCAGCGGCCCCCUGGCAGGGUCCCCGGGUCCCCUCAGAGCCCAGCAGGAGGGAAGAGGAACCGUUCCCCACGCUUACUCCUGUAAACGGCGUCGACUCGCUCAGGAAAUGCUUCGACUUCUUUGGAGAUCUGAACAUCGACUAUCACAACAGGUUCUUCCGUGGCCUGAGCCUCAACGACAACGUGAUCAAAAGCAAGGACAGCCUUCCUUAUGAGGACCGGGUCCACGAGCUGCUGAACAUCUGGGUGGAGCAGGAGGGCCGAGAGGCCAGCCUGAACCAGCUGCUCAGUGUCCUGCUGGACUUGAAUCAGAGGAGAACCGCCGAGACCGUCAAGGAGAGGGCCAUCCAAACUGGCCUGUACACUUUGAAAGCAGAUAGUUUACAGUGCAGCAAUUAUCUGGAUCAGCAGCCGUGACCAGCUGGAACAAGCCAAAACAUUACGAUCGCCUCCUCGGGCGGACCACCUGCUUGUUAGUAGCCGGUGUUCAGAUCUUCAGCUUCUCGUUCUGGUUUCAUCAUAAAGGAAGUCUGGUGUCCUCCCACAGCCUCAGACAUGCAUGUUGGGACAGUUGUGUGUCCCUGUGAUGGACUGGAGACUGUCCAGGUGUCCCCACCUCUCACAGAGAGGGGACACCAGAUGGACCACCUCAGGAAUGGUCCUGGCUUUACCUGAGCAGAGGCUCUGCUUCAACAUAAUAGGACUCUUUACAGAAAGUUUCUUACUCAAAUAAACAAACAGUCUUUGUUUACUUUCUGUUUACACAUCAGUGUCACAAACAAACAAACCAGAACUUCUUGUUUUCUUCUGACUGACAUCAGCUUCUUCUCUUCAGUUUGUGAAGUCUUUAGAAUCAUUGUUAGCUCUGUUUUUGUUUCUCAGUGAUUUUUUUUGUAUUUAAUGUUACUUGAAUUGGGAGAUCAACGUCUUCAGAGCAGCACUUAUUUAUUUAUUUUUAUUUAAAUAUCUUUGACAUCAAAACCAAAUGUAUUUAUUCACCAAUCACUUGUCAGAGUAAAGUGUGAAGGGAUGUA